AUGGCUGUUUUGAAAGUGACCUUUACCAAGACCAAGAGGGACAAACUAGCUCAGGUCCUUUGGAUCCUAAAUUGGAUCUCAGUGGUGACAGGCGUGAUCCUCUUCAGCCUGGGCCUCUUCCUAAAGGUGGAGCUCAACAAGCGGUGGGAGCUGAUGGCCGACACGGACAUUCAGUACGUCCCUAACAUGCUCAUAUCUGUCGGCCUCAUUGCCUGUGCCAUUAACUUCCUGGGCGGGAAGAUCUGCUAUGACUGCGUCGACACGGCCAAGUUCCUCCGCUGGAAGCUAAUCAUGCUGCCCUACAUUGUAUGUACCUUCUUCUUCACCUUCUGCGUGCUGGUGGGGGCUCUCAUGUGCUACACCAUGCACUGGGAGCUGGAUGAGUCCCUGAGAGAAGGCCUGAGCAAGGCCAUGAAGUACUACAAGGACACGGACACACCGGGACGAUGCUUCCUGAAGCGUGCCGUGGACAUGCUACAGAUAGAGUUCCAGUGCUGCGGCAACAAGGCUUACACAGACUGGUCCCGAAUCCAAUGGAUCAGCAACCGCUACCUGGACAUGUCUCACAAAGAUGUGGCUGAUCGCCUGAGGAGCAACGUGGAAGGCAAGUACCUGAUGGACGGCGUCCCCUUCAGCUGUUGCAACAUCAACUCCCCGCGGCCGUGCAUCCAGCAGCAGGUUAGCAACAACUCGGCCCACUUCAACUAUGACCACCAAACAGAGCAGCUCAACCUGUGGACCAAAGGGUGUCACCAGGCUCUCUUGGACCACUACAGCGGCAUCGUGCAGUCCAUCGGCCUCACUGUCCUCAUCACUUGGCUCUUUGAGCUGUCAGUGUUGACAGGCGUGCGUUACCUCCAGACAUCCUUAGAGAACAUGUUGAGACUUGGAGACCCCGAGUGCGAUUCGGACGGCUGGCUGCUGGAGAACAGCUUCAUUGAAACAGCUCGAAGUAACCUGAACAUCAUCAAGACCCUCAGUAAAAAUAACCACGUGGAUACCGCCAACAACGGGGACCCCAACAUCAACGUACCCUCCACUUCCAAAGCUCACUAUGGGCCGGACAGCGUGCCUCCAAAGCAAAUACCUGUAACCAGCUGACCAGCAAGUUUUUAAUAGUCUGAGCUGUGGAAGAUACCAUGUUGGCAAGAAAGAUGAGGUGCUCAUAUUUAGCAUCACAUCCGUUCAACGUUUUUUUGGGGUGGACAAUUCAGAUUAUGCGACCAUUUUCCAACACACUGACUCAAUCAAAAGCCUUUUUAAUACAGGGUAAAAACAUUCUGCCUCUGACACUUAAGGGGUUACAGUUCAUUGUGGCUGUGGAUGCUGUGGCCUUGCCUUGCCUUAGAAUUCACUAAACACGCCAUGAAAAGGAACAUUUAUCUGGGUAUGCUCUAAUGUUUGAGUCAUAAAACAUUUUACUGUACCAUGGAGGAUGGUUAUGUACUGCUUAAAGAAACUGUGAUGCCUUUUUUUAAUUUCAUUGUAUCGGUAUCAAGUUUACAUCCACCCAGCAUCCAAUUAAACGGAACUGAACUUUUUAGGGUAUAGAAUGGCUGUAAGGACAAAAGUAAUUAAUUCUAGUGCAAGAACUUGCCUCGACCAACUCAGAAUUCAAACUUGAUUAAUCAACAACCAUGUAACUCUACAAUAAAUCACAUUUGCUUAUGUACUGUACAUAUAUGUUAAAAUAGUAGACAUUGAUUAGAUAGACUUGUGAUUUUAUUACUAUGUUGUGCUAUCAAACAGCACAAACAUUAAACCCCCUUUUUCCAAAGGGGAACAUACAAUAAAUGAGUGUUCCAAUAAACUGAAAUCAUUUUUGUUUGCUCGAAGCAGUGUUAAAAAGUGGCUUUGUUAAUCAGGGGAGGAUUACAUUCAGACAUUAUUGUGUCAACAAUGCAUCAAAUAAUAUUCACAGUGCUUCACUUAUACUUGUGUUACGGACUCAUUCUAAAAUUUAAUCGAUUCAUUUUUUCCUCAUGGAAAGUCAACAGACAAUACU